AGGAAAAAGAGAAGAAAGAAAAGAAAUAGGCGAUAGAAAAGAUAGACGUCUCCUUGGUAGCUCCGAUCAGCUACCACUGUCGCACAGGUAGCGCGAAAAUCGGCUGUACGUGGUGACGCAGGAGUGGGCGCUUUGCCGGUGUCGCCGUCGUUCCACGACGAAGCUCGAAACCGUCAGUUCACGCGAACACUCGAAGAUCAACGGCACAGGACGAGGAAGCCGGUCGACCUCUCGUACUCUUCUCGAUCGGCCAGUCGACAUCGUAUCCACUAGCUAGGCCGUUACAAGCGUGUUACUAUGAUAAAGCCGAAGAAACUGGGAAUCGUCGGUGGCUCUCUGUUCGCCUUUGGAGUUGUGUUCUGUGCGAUCGUUUUCCCACCCUUCUUGAAGUGGAAGAUCAAAAAUCAAGUAACGUUGAAACCUAAUACCGAGAUGCGCGAGUUAUGGUCCACCUUUCCUGUUCCAUUGGACUUCAAGAUCUACCUUUUCAACGUGACGAAUCCCACAGAAAUUACAGCAGGCGAGAAGCCAAUCGUCGAAGAAAUAGGACCAUUUUUCUACGACGAAUAUAAACACAAAGUAAAUAUGGUCGAUCGAGAAGAAGACGACAGUUUGGAGUACAACUUGAAAGCAACGUGGUUUUUCAAUCCGUCGUUGAGCAGCCCAUUGACCGGCGAGGAGGAGCUGGUCUUUCCUCACGUUCUUAUUCUCAGCAUGGUCAAACUUACUCUUGAACAACAACCAUCUGCGAUAGGAAUUCUCAACAAGGCUGUGGACAAUAUCUUCAAGAAACCAAGUUCUGUAUUCAUAAGAGCAAAAGCAAGAGAGAUACUGUUCGAUGGUGUGCCUCUGGACUGCACGGGCAAGGACUUCGCUUCGAGCGCAAUCUGUAACGUUUUGAAAGAAAAGGACGACGCUUUGUUACCCGAUGGGCCUGGACGCUACCUGUUCUCCCUUUUUGGCCCAAAAAACGGCACCGUCCUUCCCGAUCGUAUACGAGUGUUACGGGGGGUAAAGUACUGGAAGGACGUCGGAAAAGUGACCGAGGUGAAUGGGAAGCCAGAGUUGGACAUUUGGACCGGCGACCAAUGCAACGAGUUCAAUGGCACGGAUUCCACCAUCUUCGCGCCGUUGCUCACGGAACAGGACGAUAUCGUGUCAUUCUCACCGGACAUUUGUAGAAGUUUGUCGGCUCGGUUCGACCACAAGACCAAAGUCGCAGGCAUCAACACUUACCACUACAAAGCUGAUUUGGGUGAUAUGAGCACAAAUCCUCAGGAAAAAUGUUUCUGCCCCACGCCAGAUAAUUGUUUAACGAAGAACCUUAUGGACUUGACCAAGUGUGUAGGCGCGCCACUUAUAGCUUCUCUACCACAUUUGCUUGGGUCGGAGGAAAAAUAUCUGGAAAUGGUCGAUGGACUUCAUCCCAACGAAGAAAAGCACGGCAUUGGCAUGGACUUCGAACCAAUGACAGCCACUCCUUUAAUUGCACACAAGAGGCUACAGUUCAACAUGUUCCUUCAAAAGGUUGAAAAAUUCAAGUUAAUGAAGAACUUCCCAGAGUGCUUAUUUCCAUUCUUCUGGGUCGAGGAGGGAAUAGAGCUCGGCGGUGAGUUUCUGGCGAAGCUGAAGAUGGUGUUCAAGAUGAUAAGCAUAAUCGGGUUCAUGAAGUGGCUGACGAUAAUAAGCGGCACUUGCGUGAGCGGAGCAGCUGCCGCGAUGUUCUUCAAGAACAAAGACAAAGGGUCGUUGGACGUGACGAAGGUAACUCCGCAGUCCGCGGCAAAUGGGAAAAACGAGGAUGAGAAGAAAUGGCCUAAUCAGAUGACCAUCAGUACGAUACAAAGCGCGGUGGUGCCACCUAAUCUCGACUCGAAUUAAGUUAUUAGUCAGUCGUAUCUCCAAGCUCUACGAUCUUUGUAUAGUCGAAAGAGAAUUUGUCGAAUAAAUGAAAAAUCAACGUUCGCGUUAA